GCGGGAGUGACAGAGGAAAGUCCCCGCUGAACCUCUGCGCUGAUUGUUGAUGAGACUCGAGGCGGAUCGAGGAGUCGCUUGAGACCGCAGUUAGUUUUUCAGCAUCAUACCCAUGAUAAACGUGAGAAAGAAUCAGGGCGACGUUCUCAAAAACAGCCUCUUUUCAAAUAUAUAUGCUGUACAGUUGUUGAUAAACCUUUGCUGUCCUGUUGUACAAUGGCAAUAAUCUUACGACUGCAAGGCCUCGACGUGAAGGCCGGCACUGAAGAUAUACGUUCAUUCUUCGAAUUCCUUCACAUUCCAGAUGGCGGAGUUUACAUACUUGGAGGAAGUCUGAGAGAAGCGUUUAUUGCAUUUAACACAGAAAGGGAUGCCCAGCUCGCCAUGCGGUUGACAGGAAAUGUUCUAAAGGGGUCUCCGGUGAGUCUGCAUAUAAGCAGCAUGGCAGAAAUGGAGCUCAAACUUAAGUCAUUGUUAAAGAAGAAGGAACGCUCCCCUGCGCAGGUCACAGACAAAGGAACAAAGUGUUCCAAGGGUGCAAAACCACAUUUGAAUGGAAGGAUUCCUAGCCCCAAAGAGGCAGAUCUACGACCUACAAGACCACUUGAUCCCAGGAAACUGUCACUUGCUACAAGUCAGCAAGCUUCAACUGCACCCUCACUUGAUUCAGGUACUGCCUUUAUCCUCGGAGUUUGCUCUGUUCUUCAAGGUCUCCAGUCAUUCCAUCAGGGAGAAAAUGAAACAAAGGCUGACCCCACAGCUGUGUCUGAUGAGGUACAGACACAAGAGCAAAGUCUGGUUUCAAGCCCAGGCUAUGUCAGGCUCUUCGGUCUGCCAGCCUCAACCACAAAAGAUGACAUCUGUCAGUUUUUCAGAGGGUUGACUGUGCAGGAAGUCAUAGUGAAUGUGAAGUUGGGAAUUAGCCAUGGCUGCCUUGUGAAGUUCGCCAACAUGCAGGAUGCAAGUGAUGCACUUCUCUUCAAUCAACACCAGCUGGGCAACUUCACCGUGGAGGUCCGUGGAGCAACAGAGAAGAUGUGGACUAGUGCACUGCAUGAAUGUGAAAAUGCAUUGGAUGAUGGUUCCAGAUUGAAACCUAAUCGAAGCCCUUUUAGAGAAACUCCAAACCACAAACCCCCCUCUGUACUGUGGAUGAAGAGGGGACCUAUCAGCCUGCUGUCAUCUAAAUCAGCGAAAAAGCCGAAAUGUGAUGACUUAACUACGAUAUGGCCAACGAAAGAGUACAUUGUGAAGGUCAGUAAUCUGCCCCCCACGAUGACAAAGACUGAAAUAAAAGAAUUAUUUGGAUGCCCGACCAUUCCACACAAACAUGUACUGCAUUUUCUUGACCAGGAAGGCAAUAGAACCGACGUAGCUUUUAUCAUUUUUAAAUGCACUGCAGAUUAUGACUAUGCAAUAAACCUUGAUGGUUGCCAUGUGGGCUCUGCUGCCAUUGAGGUGACAUCAAUCACAAGGUUCAUGAUGAGGAAAAUGAUGGCUAAAACCCAUCCAAGGAGUCAGAAUCAUACUCUGAAGAUGGGCACAAACAAACGAAUGAAUCGAACGGGCUUCUCUGAUCUAGUUGAACCACCAAGCUGGAACCGAGACCCAGCAGCCCAGACGUGCCUGUUUGUCAGAAACAUGCCAGCUGACGUACAGGAAAGUCAGAUAAGAAGCCUUUUCUUCAAAUACAAACUUGCCAAAGAGAAUAUCUUCUUGCUGCGGGACAGUGACGGCAGGGGCAUUGGUGAGGCCGUGGUCCAGUUUAAAUCACCCAAGCAUGCUUCACUUGCUCAAAGACUCCACAGACGGGACUUCUUGGGGUCUGAAGUGCUUCUCACUCCCAUAAAUGGGAAGCAAAUGAAAGACAUCUUGGGGCAAGAAAUGUUGAAGUGAACGAUCAAAUGCCUGCACAGUGAUCAAGGAGUGAUUGGGAGUUGUUAAGUUUGCUAAACAGUUCAUCUUUCAACUGUAAUCUACUGAGUUACGUUUCCUGGUUGUAACCGUUUUCAUCAUGAUGUAAAAUUUCUACACUUUCCCUCUGAGGACAUCUUAUACAUUUUAAAAUAAAUGUAUUAGAACUGUU